GAGUCGAAAAACGCAUCAAGCCUCUCCCAACGCGUCGGGGAACCACUACGGUACGGAUGCAAGCGUCACCGCAGACUGAAGCCGGUGCGCCUGGCGCUCAACUAUGGCGGCCAGGAAUCUGGCACUCAUAUCAUAAAGGUACUCGUACACGGAUGCGCCCCUAUGUAUACGCAAAUUAAUCAUGCGCCACAAGCGAGUGGUCCUGCUGAUUAUGAUCGCGAGCAGCGUCUCAACACGAGUUCGCUGGUACAACGGCCACGCGUCACAUCCGGCGUCACCGCCGACGCGCUAUACCUAAACACCUGCUGGCAACAACAUGGUCACCACACUCAGGGCUCAAAACAGACGGCUGACGGCGCCCGAACGCAUUGCGAGGCGUCCCGGCAGCGCCGUGCGCCCGUCGCGGCGCAGCCUGCCCCUUCCGCGAGGGCAACGGCGACGCCGACCAGCCGGGGAGGAGCUCGAGGCGCAGGGGAGGGGCGCGGGCGUGCCCAAGAGACAGGGUGAGCAAGCACGGGGGCAGCGGGGGCGCUUCGGACGGAGGGAGGAGGGAAGGAGGGAGGAAGGAGGAGCGACAGCCCGCGCCAGAAAGCGGGCGGCGGGGCAAUUGCUGCCCGCCACGCCCCACGCUGGCCACGAGGCCCCUAAAGCGCCGCCGAGCGAGGGCCACCGAGGCUUGCCGGCGAGGGGCCACCCAAGGGCGGCCGCCCCCCCUCAGUCCCAGGUCGCCUCCGCCAGCCUGCCGACCUGGCAGGUCGACCACGACGCCCUCGACGCCAUCGCCGCCCGCCUGGCGUCCGUCCACGGAGAGUCUCUCCGCCCGAUCGCCGAGCUCGUGGCGCGCGCACACGCACAUCUUGCCCCUCCCGGC